AUGACAGGAUUAAGUGGCCUGUUUAUCGAAGUCCCUCUGUAUAGAUUGGCGCUCACACUGUGCUGUCAUCUGUGAUGACAGUAGGGAUUUCUUAACAGGGCAUGCCAGGGAGUGAGUUGUCUGCCAAGAGACUUCAGUGCAGCUGGAAUCAUGGAAGAGAAAAGAAAUAAUUUUAUCAGCAGACUCCUCGUCAUCUCAGAAUUCCUCGCUAUGGUGGACUUGGCCACAAGUGUGAAGUGUAACGUUAUUAUUUUUGUAUUUGGUGGCAUACUCAGUAGUCUUGGGAGCCCUGGACAUAUUGCCAAAUGGUUGCAUCCACUCCAGGAGCUGAAGCACACCGGGAUGUUUGCAAUGACAGAGGGGCACGGGAGCAACGUGAAAGGGAUCCUGAAAGCUACCUUUGACCUCGCUGCUCAGGAGUUUAUAAUUGACACACCGUGUGAGGAUGCCCAGAAGAUGUACAUUGGAAAUGCUCUGUAUGGGAAUUCAGCCGUCUUUGCCCAGCUCAUCAUAAAUGGAAGUUCUCAAGGACCCCACUGUCUCAUUGUUCCUAUCCGGGAUGAAAACGGAGACUUGUGCCCAGGAGUGACAGCUAUUGACAUGAUGCACAAACAAGGUCUGAAUGGUGUGGAUAAUGGCAUUCUGAUAUUUAAUAAGGCUCGGAUUCUAAGAGAGAACCUGCUGGACAAGCUUGGAUCAGUGGCUCCAGACGGAUAGCACCAUUCACCUAUCAAGAACAAGAAUGCAAGGUUCAAUGUGAUGCUGGAGUUGUUGACCCCUUCAAGAUUAGCGUUAGUUUCCCAAGCUGUGGGCACCAUGAAGCUUGGGUUGACAAUUGCCAUUUGCUAUAGCUACAGCCAGAGGCAGUUUGGACCCAAGGGGAAGGAAGAAGUGAAGAUCAUUGACUACCAAAUGCACACAUUCCGGCUAAUGCCGCACCUGGCCACCGUGCUGGCCCUGACCUUCACCAACAGAUAUGCUGGGUCCCUUCUGGAUGUCUUCCAUGGGGAGGACCUUGUGAACAUUCACUCUCUGAAGGCUCUGGUUGCAGGGCUGAAGGCCUACAGUACCUGGGAGAAUACUAGCUGCCUGCAAGACUGCCGUGAGCGCACCGGAGGCAUGGGAUAUAUGAUGGAAAAUCAAGUCUCAGUCCUAAAGUGUGAUACAGAUGUGCUUACAACUUUUGAAGGUGACAAUGUUGUCAGGCUUCAGGUUGUGGCCCAGGAAUUGCUGAACCAGUACAACAAACAGUUUAGAAAAAACCCACCCUUUAGCCUGCUCAAGGACUGGGCUGCGUCUGCAAGUGACAGGCUGAGAACCAGUUUCCUAGCAUUUAACAUGGACAUGAUCAGUAACCUCACCUUCCAGUUGAGAGCAGUGCAUUUUUGUGAAAGGGUUCUUCAGAUUUGAUGGCCAGGGAAAGAUACAUUGUGUUAUAUGUUUUAUAUAGUGGUGACCAAGAAGGAAGAACUCUUAAGUGCCUGGAACUCCUGUUUGUACCAUAUUGUCUCGCUGUCUCUGGCCCACAUUCAGAGAGUCACGUUCGAGCAGUUCUCCCUGGCAGUGAGGCACUGCCCUGACCCACAGGCCCAGGCUUUGUUAAUGAAGUUUUGUCUGUUGUAUGGCACCAGCCUGGUGUUCCAGGAGCAGGCCUGGUACUUAGAACACAAAUACCCGAGUCUUGCGGCCAGCAAGGAGACCAGGAGUCAGGGAAGGUUGUUGGAUUUGUGCGAGUCUGUGAAGGAUGGUGCCCUGAAGGUGAUCUCCGCUUUCAACAUUCCAAGCACCAACAUCCACACUCCCAUUGCAGAAAUCCCCAACCCACGGCCCCCCUGGGCUUUCUACGCUGCGCCCGAGCAGCUGCAGCUGACCGGGGAAGGAGCGCGCUCCCCUAGACCCAAGCUGUGA